AUGACAUCAUCAUCUUUACGUCCAUCGUAUAAAGAAGCACAAGAACGGCUUUUAAAAUGGUGUCAAAAUGUCACUAGGAAUUAUGAAUCAGUGAAGAUACGUAAUUUUACAACGGAUUUUGCUGAUGGAUUGGCGUUCUGUGCCAUCGUUCACCAUUAUUUUCCGAAUGAAUUCGAUUUUAAUACGUUAAAUCGUGAUGACAAACAAACAAAUUUCGAUUUAGCUUUCCGCGUCGCUGAAGAAAAAGCACAAAUUCACCCGUUGCUCGAUAGUGAUGAUCUCAUUCAUGGUCAUUUGGAUAAAAAGUGUGUCUUUACUUAUUUACUUACUCUUCAUCAUGGAUUAAAAAAUCAUGAUACAAAUAAACAUCUACGAAAUUAG